UCAUUCCAUAAUCAGGAAGUGGCUAUUAAGGUUCUCAAGGCUGAGUGCCUAAAUGAAGAUGUGCAAAGAGAUUUUGCACAAGAAAUUUAUAUAUUAAGGAAAGUCCGCCACAAGAAUGUUGUGCGAUUUAUUGGUGCUUGUACAAAACCUCCGCGCUUAUGCAUAAUCACAGAAUUUAUGUCUGGUGGGAGUCUGUAUGAUUUUCUGCACAAAAAGAAAGGCCUUUUCAGGCUUUCAGUAUUACUCAAGGUUGCAAUUGAUGUUUCAAAGGGGAUGAGCUACCUGCAUCAAAAUAAUAUAAUUCACAGAGACCUCAAGACUGCCAAUCUCUUGAUGGAUGAAAAUCAAGUUGUGAAGGUUGUUGACUUUGGUGUUGCUCGAGUGCAAGUUCAGUCUGGUGUCAUGACCGCAGAAACAGGAACAUAUCGAUGGAUGGCUCCUGAGGUUAUUGGACAUAAACCCUAUGAUCGAAAAGCCGAUGUUUUCAGCUUUGGAAUUGUACUGUGGGAGCUGUUAACAGGAAAGCUUCCUUACGAGUUCUUGACCCCAUUACAAGCUGCGGUCGCUGUUGUUCAGAAGGGUCUAAGGCCAACAAUUCCCGCGAACACUCAUCCAACGCUGGUAGAAUUGCUCGAGAAAUGCUGGCAGCAAGACCCCUUCGUAAGGCCUGAAUUUUCCGUAAUUCUUGACAUCUUGCAACACAUGACCAAAAAGAUAGUUGAAGAAGAGAAAAGUAACAAAAGAAGAAGCGCCGCGUUGCCAUUGAGGAAGCAUGAUGCAUGACCACGUUUUACUUUAAGUUAUAUGUACUCACAGUGUGAUUUUUUUCCGCUAUCAGUGUUGUAUAACUAUGAUCUGUGGCAGUAGGUUAGCUACAACUUUUCACAGAUUACAAAUUAAUAAUGUUUAUCAUUGGGAUUUACCUUGUAAUUUACAUGAUCAUAUUGUAUAAAUAUUUAAAAACUCGCUAUUUAUGACAAAUAUUAUGUUUUAUAUACU